GAGACGUUCAUCUGGAAAGUUCCACAGACUUCUGCGUCCUACUACGACUCACUAGCACUUCCACACAAAUCCACCUUCUAAUCAUUUCCAUCUCCUUCUAAUCAUCCUUAUUAUUCCCACACCUUCAACUCUUUCAGAACAUUCUUCGAACAAUAUUCACACACAACACCACACAACUCGCACAGAAAAAAUUCUCUCUUUAUUUAGUUUAAGGUCAAAGGAAGAUGGGAGUUGAUUACUACAAGAUUUUGGAAGUUGACAAGAAAGCCACGGAUGAUGAUCUCAAGAAAGCUUAUAGAAAGCUCGCCAUGAAAUGGCAUCCUGAUAAGAAUCCCAACAACAAGAAAGAUGCAGAGACCAAGUUCAAACAGAUCUCUGAGGCUUAUGAGGUUUUAAGUGAUCCUCAGAAGAGAGCCAUAUACGAUCAAUAUGGUGAAGAAGGUCUCAAAGGACAAGUGCCACCCCCUGAUGCAGCAGGGGGAUUCCCUGGUGGUGGUGCUACUUUCUUUCAAACUGGGGAUGGUCCAAAUGUGUUUAGAUUCAACCCCAGGAACGCCAAUGACAUUUUUGCAGAGUUUUUCGGGUCUUCGAGCCCGUUUGGAGGCAUGGGAGGAGGUGGUGGUGGCUUCCCAGGUGGUAUGAGGGGGUCAAGAUCGUUUGGUGGGGUAUUUGGGGAUGACAUCUUUAGUUCAUUUGGGGAUGGUAGGCCAAUGAGCCAAACUCCUCGUAAGGCUCCUCCAAUUGAGAAUACUUUGCCUUGUAGCCUUGAAGAGCUUUACAAGGGAACUACCAAAAAGAUGAAGAUCUCUAGAGAGAUUGCCGAUGCAAGCGGGAAAACCUUGCCAGUUGAAGAAAUCUUAUCCAUAGUGAUCAAGCCUGGCUGGAAAAAGGGAACAAAAAUCACAUUCCCAGAGAAAGGAAACGAGCAACCAAAUGUGAUACCUGCUGAUCUUGUGUUCAUAAUCGAUGAGAAGCCACACAGUACAUUUACAAGGGAUGGUAAUGACUUGGUUAUCACACAGAGGAUCUCACUUGCAGAAGCUUUAACAGGCUAUACAGUUCACCUCACCACACUGGAUGGAAGGAACCUGACCAUUCCCAUCAACACUGUGAUUAAUCCAAACUAUGAGGAGGUGGUGCCAAAGGAAGGCAUGCCCUUACCAAAGGACCCUUCAAAAAGGGGUAACCUGAGGAUCAAGUUCAACAUAAAAUUUCCAACUAGGUUAACUUCUGAGCAGAAGUCUGGAAUCAAGAAACUUUUGGCCUCUUGAAUUAGUUUUGGACUGGACUGGUGAAUAGACAGACAGUCGAGUUGAGUACUUGCUUUGUUAGUAAGAGUAAUAUUCUUUUUUGAGGUGGCUUGGAGAGCUUUAUUGGAUAGUGUUUCAAGGCUUGUAUAUUCAUAGCAAUAAGAUAUUUGGACAAUUUUCUACUUGAUAAACAUAGUUUAAAAAUGUUCUCUCGUAUACAAAUGUGAAUGGAUUAUAUGUUGAGCUCUAUUA